GUUUUUAUAAAUUUUUUUUGUUGCUUAUAUAUAUAUACAUAUACGUAUGUAAAAAUUUAACAGUUUGCAAAUACAGAAUGUUACAUAUAUUCAACCUCGUGUUAAAAAUUUUUGAAAAUGAGUAAUUAUAGUAAAAUCAAUAAAAGUUGUAAAAAUCAAAAAACUUACAAACAAAAGAAACUUUUGAAUGAAAAUGUAAAGAAACUAAAAAAACAGAAAUCAUGUGAAAAUUUAGAAAAGGCAUCUACAACAGAUAACAAUUGCACGAAGGAUAUUAAAAUAAACCAAAGAAAACCUUACAGUCAUAAAUCCCUUACGCUCGUAAAUAAGAAACUUAGUGAAGUCACAAAAAAUGAAAGAAAUUUCAAUCAACAAAUACCCUUAUCAGAUCGUGAUUAUGAUAUCCCUAAAAUGGAAAGGUCGAAAAGUUUUUUUUUAACAAGGAAAAUUUCAGAAAUGUUAAAUCAUUUAUCUAGCAGUAAAGAAAAUCUUUCAACAGCUCCAUCACUCUCCCCAAAAGAAAAAUCCGUUAAUUCAAAUAAUGCGCCAUACCAAUUUAUUAGAAGCAAAAGUAUGAUUUUGUUGAGAACUUCCAAACGUAAAAAUUAUGGACCACAAUUAGAAAAAUUAUCUGAAGAAUCCGAACGACCGAAUUCCCCAGUACAGAUUUUUAGAGAGCAGCUAAUAACUGAAGAAUCACUAAAGGAAGCAACAACUGUUACGACAGCCCCAAUGGCUAUCGUGUCGGAUAAUGCUGCGGUACUUUCAUUCAAAAGUGUACCAAAUAAUAGUACUUCAGCCCUUAAAACAAAUACGUUUCCAUUAAUUAAGGAAUCUAAUGUUGAAUUUCGUAGAACAUCUUGGGAUUCAGGCAUGAGGCCAGCGUCUGCUACAGUUUCAGUAGAUUUUGCUAUAAGUGACCGUCGCAAAUCUAGCGGAGUAUUUAAAGACACAUUAAAACGUAUUGUUACUACAGAACGACGAAAAUCUGUUAAUGCAAGAUGGAGUGCAUCUUUGCAAAGCUUACAAGAAAUUGAUAAUAUGGUUAGCUACGAAAAUUUAAGUUUUAUUGAUUACGAUAAGUUUAACGAAUAUGAAAAACAAUUGAAUCGUUUAUUAGUACCUACAGGUGAUUAUAGUUUGACCAAGACACCUGAGCAUUCUCCUAUAAGUCCACGACAUUUUGUCGCGAAUAUAGCAGAUAAUGUACGUUUUCGUAAGAAAAAAGGCCGUUCAAGUUUAAAUAAAGAAUACAUUCCUAAAAGUUUUGCAACCGUAGAAAAUAAUAAAUGUGGAGUCCCACUCAUAGCUGAUGCAUAUAAUAAUUGGCAAACGUACAGUUUAGACGAUCAAAAACUUAUUGAAAUUGGUGAAAAUUUUCACAGUGAUUUCCGAAAAUUAGAAAAUUACACAAAUAAUUAUAUGUCCAAUAGUGCGUACUCAUCAAGUGAUAUAAUAGAUUUUAGUUCCAUAUUAAGAAAAAAAGUGCCAAACAUACAAAAAUCCGUUAAGGAAAAUUGCCACGUCCCUUCUGGAAUAGAUUUUAAUUUGGAAAACGGCACAUUAAAUAGCCUAAUAUGCGUGAUCCAAGAGCAAUCUUCUUACUUUGUAACUCUGUUAAAAUUUUAA